AUGGCCUUUGUCCUCAAUGUCCCUGAGACCCCAGAUGACUGGAGUCAGGAGCCCAGUCCUUAUGAUGAGGAUGAAGUCCACCACUCCUUCCACCAGCUCAUUCAGGAGCAGAGCCAGUGGGUGGGGGCCUCAGGGUCGGAGGCCGGGCUGCAGCUGACUCCUGGACCAGCAGCCCUUCUUACUGUGGUAGAUGGUGACCAUCAGGCCGGCCCCGGGCCUGAGGGCGCCCCUGCGUACAGUGCGGCCACGCUCCGCAUCCUGGCGAGUAUGCCCAGUCGCACCAUCGGCCGCAGCCGCGGCGCCAUCAUCUCCCAGUACUACAACCGCACAAUGCAGCUGCGGCGCUGUGGCCGGCGGCCCCUGCUCGGUGCCGAGGGGCGCGGUGCCCGGCCCAGCCUGCGCUCGCUAGACCUGGAGCUGGACCCCACGGCCCGCGAGGAGGAGGAGAAGCGCGCCCUUCUGGUCACGGAGCUCCAGGGCCUGACGGGGGCCCAGCAGGACCAGUUGCUCCGAGGGAUGCCCCUGAGCCUGGCUGAGAAGCGCUGCCUGCGACAAGAGAGCCGGACCCCGAGUGGGAAACAGAGGGGCUGGCAGGCCCAGCGUGGGGUCUGGUCCUGCUGCAGCCGGCUGAAGUAUGGCUGUGUUCUGGCCUUUCACAACUUGGGGCUUGGGCUGCUGUCAGGCCUGAGUGCCCUGACGCCGUGGCGCUACACCCUGAAGCGGAUCGGGGGACAGUUUGGCUCCAGCGUGCUGUCCUACUUCCUCUUCCUCAAGACCCUGCUGGUCUCCAACGCCCUCCUGCUGCUGCCCUUGCUGGCCUUCAUCGUGGGCGUGCAGGCCGCCUUCCCUCCUGACCCACGGGGCCCCGCCCCCACCUUCACGGGGCUGGAGCUCCUCACGGGCGCGGGCUAUUUCACCCAUACCGUCAUGUACUACGGCUACUACAGUAACUUCACCUUGAAUCAGCCAUGCACCCAUCCACCAGACGGAGCUCAGUGCACCCCGGGGGCAGGCGACCUGCCCUACAACAUGCCCCUGGCCUACCUCUUCACCAUGGGUGCGAUCUUCUUUACCACCGGCAUCACCCUGGUUUACAGCAUGUCCCGUUCCUUUGGGGAGAGUUACAGGGUGGGGAGCACCUUGGGCAUCCAUGCCAUCACCGUCUUCUGCUCCUGGGACUACAAGGUGACCCAGAAGUGGGCCUCCCGUCUCCAGCAGGACAACCUCCGGACUCAGCUGAAGGAGCUGCUGGCUGAAUGGCAGUUGCGGCAGAGGCCCCGCAGUGUGUGCGGGCGGCUGCGGCGGGCGGCCGUGCUGCUCCUCGUGUGGUUCCUGUGCCUGGCGACUGUGCUGGGCUGUGCCGUGGGUGUCUACACCUUCUCGGAGCUCAUGAUCCAGAGUCCAGUGGCCACUGGCCAGGAGGUGGGGCUGCUGGUCCUGCCCCUGGUGGUCAGCCUUGCCAACCUGCUGGUCCCCUACCUGUACCGCUUGCUGGCCACCCUGGAGCGGCACGAGUCUCCGGUGCUGGAGGUGUACGUGGCUGUCUGCAGGAACCUGCUCCUCAAGGCCAUCCUCCUGGGCAUCUUGUGCUACCACUGGCUGGGCCGCAGAGUGGGCGCCCUGAAGGGCCAGUGCUGGGAGGAUUUUGUAGGCCAGGAGCUGUACCGCUUCGUGGUGAUGGAUUUCAUCUUCACGCUGCUGGACACGCUCUUCGGGGAGCUGGUGUGGAGGCUCGUGUCCGAGAAGAAGUCGAGGAGCCGCCGGAAGCCGGAAUUUGACAUCGCAGGGAACCUCCUGCAGCUGAUUUACGGGCAGACGCUGACCUGGUUGGGGGUCCUCUUCUGCCCCCUCCUUCCGGCCGUGCAGGUCCUCAAACUGCUGCUCCUCUUCUACGUCAAGAAGACGAGCCUGAUGGCCAACUGCCAGGCGCCACGCCGGCCCUGGCUGGCCUCCCACAUGAGCACCGUCUUCCUCACACUCCUGUGCUUUCCCUCCUUCCUGGGCGCCGCUGUCUUCCUCUGCUCCGCCAUCUGGCAGGUGAAGCCGUCAAGCACGUGCGGCCCCUUCCAGACACUGGACACCAUGUACGAGGCAGGCAAGGUGUGGGUGCGUCACCUGCAGCGGGCCGGGCCCAGGGUCUCCUGGCUGCCCUGGGUCUACCACUACCUGCUGGAGAACACCUUCCUCAUCUUCCUGGUGUCGGCCCUGCUGCUGGCUGUCAUCUACCUCAACAUCCAGGUGGUGAAGGGCCAGCGGAAAGUCAUUUGUCUUCUCAAAGAGCAGAUCAGCAACGAGGGCGAAGACAAAAUGUUCUUGAUUAACAAGCUGCACUCUGUCUACGAGAAGAAGGAGAGGAGCAGGUGA